GGACUCAUGGCCAAUGAUCCCGGCAUCGGCCUUCUCCAUCCCACUCUCGGCUGCGCUGAACUUGGAAUCUGGGAUAAACCUAUUUCAACGAAUCCUGCAGUAACGGGAGCCAUUGGUCGUUCCGGCAAUCUCCACUUCUGGAAAUCCAUACUCAAAGCUUCCCCUGAGGUUUUAAGGGUUGUGCAAUUUGGAUACAAACUCCCAUUCAAAUCUUUUCCACCGCCCUGCUCCACCUCUCUCUCAAACAACAAAAGUGCGCUAUUAGAUCGAUCCUUUGUUGAUGAACAACUCUUUCUCCUUGAAUCUAUUGGUUGUAUUUCGGUCUCUUCAACUCCCCCACAAAUCAUUCUUCCUUUAUCCGUUGUCAUGAGCAACAAAAAGCGUCUUGUCGUUGAUGCCUCCCGCAACCUCAAUCCCUUACUUGUGGAUAAGCAUGUUAAAUUGUCACACCUUGAACUCGCCAAUGACAAUUUAACACCCAACUGCUUCAUGACUACCUCUGACCUAGAAUCCGGUUACCACCAAGUCCCAAUGCAUCCUGAUCACCGGAAGUAUUUAGGCAUACAAUGGACCAGACACGGCAAAACCACAUAUUUUGUCUGGAAUGUCCUUUUUCUCAGGAUAAAAACGGCCGUUCAUCUCUUUACUAAGCUCCUUCGCCCUCAUAUUGCAUUCUGUCAGUCUUAUGGCAUCCCAAUAUCCAUUUACAUCGACGACCAAAGAAUUUUGGGCGAUACGGAGAUUAUUUGUCACAUGAACUCUAAUUUUGCGGCCAUAAGCCUUUUGAUGGCAGGUUGGGUUAUCAAACCUGGCAAAGGAAUCAAACUCCCCACUCAGUAUGGCACAUUCCUGGGCAUUGAUCAUGAUCUUGUUAAUCUGAAGUAUUACAUUCCUCAAAACAAGCUAACAUCCAUCUUGCACCUGGCUUCGAAUCUUCUCGACCAACGCCGAGUACGAAUCAAAACUCUCGCUGGUUUUUAUGGAAAAAUCUCUUCAUGUCGUCUAGCCCUUGGCCCGGUUUGUUCCUUACUUACACGCUCAGGUCACAACUUAAUUUCCUCAGCUGCUACCGCUUCUUCUUGGGAUGGCUGGGUAACCUUGACUCCCCACGUCCUUAAAGAAAUUCACCAUCUCAGCACAUCUCUGUCUUCUCUUAAUGGGUGGCCAAUCCAUGUCAUUUCUAACGUGAUCUCUCACCGAACCUUCUCGUCCGACGCUUCUGCUUCUGGCAUUGGCGCUGCUGAGAUCCUUUGUCACUCUUCCUCUCACAACCACUCUGGCUCGUGUGUCUCCUCCAUGGCCCUUUCUCGACCAUUAACUGAAUGGGAACGUACCACUAGCUCCACCUUUCGCGAACUCCUUGCUAUUAAAGAGUUGGUCAUUCGUUCAGCUCCUUCUUGGUCAAAUAAUAUCAUUCUUCUUCUCUGUGACAACGAAAAUGUCUCUCGAAUUCUUGCUAAGGGUUCUAAGGUGAGGUCUCUGCAGGGCCUGGCAAUGUCCAUUCACCUUACUUGUCGUUCUCACUUCAUUACCCUGCAAUCAUUGUGGCUUCCUCGUUCAGAUCCUCGCAUUGCCAUUGCGGACCACCUAUCCAGAUUCUUUGAUCUUCAAGAUUGGGGUCUAUCCCACUUGUCCUACCUUGCACUACUCGAAGUUCUCCCCUAUCCACCCACUAUUGAUCUCUUUGCCAGUGACUCGAACACCAAAUGCCGUUCUUUCUUUUCAAAAACCCCAUCAGUUUUUAGCUCCGGUGUCAACGCAUUUUCUUUUGAUUGGUCUCAAUUCGGCUUCGGUCUCUGCUGCCCGCCACCUAAUCUAAUAGCAUCCUCUAUUCGACACAUCAUUUUUACUCAAGCCACGGGGGUAUUGAUAGCACCCUUGUGGCCUGCUGCAUCUUUCUGGCUCCUUCUCUGUCCCGACGGAAUUCACUUCUCUUCUCUUUUCACCCAUAUUUAUAUUGGUCAUCCGACACUCCGUUCCGGACUCCAGGUCACUAGUUCCUUCUUAUCGGGGCAUACUCCAUUCCCUUUCGGCUAUUUUAUAUAUAACGGCUUCUUUUUUGACCCCCCCUUUUCUGUUUUGAAAUCAUCCCACUGUUAUCUUCUUGGUUGCAAUAAAUGCCUUUCUUAACAAUAUUCCAUCCUCUGCCAAUUUUCAGGGUUAGAGUCCCUCGUUUCCAAAAGCCUUAUCACCAUCAAAGCAGCUAGGGCACCUUCAACGAGGAAAUUGUACUCCAAUUACUGGAACUUAUUCCGCUCUUUUUGUCGCACGCAUGACAAGGUUUAUCUACCAGCCACAACACACACGGUUUUAGCCUUCCUCCAGUCCUACGCCGAAAAAUCAAAUUCAGCAUCUGCGUGUCACUUCAUAUCGGCUUCCAUUACCGCAUUCCAUGAUACUCAAGGCUAUCCUUCGCCCUGCAACGCCAAAGUUGUGAAGCUCUUCCUACUCGGCAUUAAGAAAACUCUUUCCAAACCCGUCAUUCGCAAGACUCCUAUAUCUCAUGACAUUCUCGUUCAUAUUCUAAACCAUUGUCUCGACACAGACCUUUAUUCACCCUACCCCACCAGACCUUUACCCUUGUGGAGGGAAGCUAUCUUCGAACUCCUUGCCUUUCUCUGCAUGGCUCGCUUUGACGACCUCGCCCGUGUGCUUACUUCUAACAUAACUAUACUGCCAGAUAAAAUUGUCAUCUUCUUCCCCCAUCGUAAAAACGACCAACUCAAAUCAGGUCAUUACUCUUACAUUCAGAUCACAAACUCUCACCUAUGUCCAAAGAAAAUUUAUUUGACUUACCUUGUCCGGCUUUCUUCCGCACUCGGGCUUCCUUACAUUGGUCCUCUCCUACCCAAAUUCAUUAAACAAGGAAACAACCACUUGGUCACCACAGCAACCGCUACCUAUAGUUCUAUUCGCUCUACCCAAUUCCUUGUCCUCAAGGCCAUUGGACUCGACGCUUCCCAAUUUGGCUGUCAUUCUUCUCGUAGAGGCAGCGUAAAAACUGCUAAAGCCAAGGGCCACACUUCUUCCGAGGUUUCUGUUGCCGGUGGUUGGUCAGCUAAUAGUGUAAUCCCUGACAAUUAUGACGAUGACCACAAACCCCGAAUACUGACUUCGGUCAGCAACUCUCUUUCCCUGUAAUACAAACCGGUAUCUAACAGUCUCCGAUGAACCAUUGAAUAAUUAUUUUUUAACUGACCAUCAACCCGAAUAGGUCUUGGUUUUCUUACACCGUCGUCCUCCUUCCAUAUCUCGCUUAUUGAUUACUGACUACUUAGACUUGAGAGUGAGAAUAUGGAUAAAUAGAGGUUUCUUCCUAAAGUAGAAAACGGCAUUUAUACAUAUCGAACGGUAAACAUAGGUUGCCUAAUGCAUCUCGAGAAUUUCCGAUCUGCCGUUGCCUUCUUGCUCCUUUCAGUUCCCUUUCUCAUCAUUACCCGGUGGUUCUUCUGAAUCAAAUUCCGCCCGCCCGCCCUACAACACCGAAAGUUCGUCCAUACACGACUCCCUCCACCCGUCGCAGGUUUUUACUGGACCCGUUCCUUUUCCUGCCCAGCCACGCAUCCAACUGUCUUUUAUGUGUCAUUCAUCAGCCUCCCUAUUCAUGUUGAUGUUCAGUUGAAUUACACCGUCGUCCUCCUUCCA